AUGCACGUCGUCAGGGAGCGGGCAGCAAGAACCUGGAAGUUACAGCCUGCUUCUGAUGACUUCGCAGAAGAAGAUGGUGGUAACCAAGUACAGUGUUCAGCCAUUAUUACGAUGAGGACCUGGAUCGAGCCAGUGGUUGCUGGGGCACAGGUUGCUAGCUCUUUUUAUGACACAGCUUUACUAUUUGUGGUCAAGAAUUACUAUAAUCGGACUACUACAUCCUUAAACACAUCUCAUUCAGUCACGCUACAGAAAGCCAUAUCAAACUUCUAUAUCAUACACAACCUCAUUUUGGGACUUACCCCGCUGCUGUCAGCGUAUAUCCUUGCAAGGAUCGGAGACAGACAGAGAAGAAAGGUCACAAUAUGUGUUCCAUUGCUUGGGUACUUUAUCUCCAGGUGUUUUUUGUUGCCUGUCCUCUUCUUAGACUGGCCUAUAGAAGUCAUGUUUGGCUCUGCUGCUCUGAAUGGUUUAACUGGCUGGUUUACAACCUACUGGGCUGGGGUUAUGGCUUGGGCAGCCCUGGACUCCACUAAAAAAAGACGAUCCCUCAAGUUCAUCAUUAUUGAAUUAGUGUAUGGAUUAUCUGGUUGUGUUGGCAGCUUGGCUUCUGGGCACAUCUUUGUAUCAGUAACAAUAUCUAAUGAUCCAGGAGCAACCCUAGUUAUAUGCAGCGUUUCCCUUUAUUUUUUAUGCCUAAUAUACAGUUUAUUUAUUUUAAAAGUGCCUUAUGAUGAAACAGAGCGGUAUGGGAAUUCAGGUGAAGGAGUGGAUGCAGAAGAAGUCAGUCAUGAAAACUCACCUGAACCAACUGAGCGUUCCAAACUACUGGGUGAAAUAAACAGACCAUUUGAGGACCUCCCUCCUCAGACUCCAGCCAAACUUUUUAUUGCUCUUCUCUUUGCUACUGCCAUAUUGUACAAUAUCUCGGUGGAUGGAGGAAUGGACGUACUUAAUUUAUUUCUAAUUAAAGAACCUCUAGGGUUUAGUCCUACCUUCAUUGGUUAUGCCAGUGCUGCUGGUUAUUUGAUAUUCAUCACUAGUUUCUUGGGAGUUUGGAUUUUUUCCAGAUGUCUUAAGGAUGUAACUCUAAUUAUAAUGGGCAUAGUGUCCUUCUGCGCUGGUAUAUUCAUUAUGGCAUCUGUACGAUGGACUUUCUUGUAUUUUGUUGCUCGAGCUGUGAUGAUGUUUGCUUUAAUACCAAUGCCAACAAUAAGGUCUGUUUUAUCGAAACAUAUACAAGGAUCAUCAUAUGGAAAAGUCUUUGUUGUACUCCAGCUGUCAAUAGCGAUUACAGGGGUUUUGACAUCAAUUGCAUUCAAUAAGAUCUACCAAGCCACUUUAACCUCAUUCAGUGGAGCUUGCUUUAUUAUAUCAGGCAUCCUUUCCAUUCUGAGCAUCAUCCCCAUCAGGUGA